AUGAGUCAGCAAGCAGAAAAGGAAGAAGAUCAAGGGCAUAUUCCGAUUAGCCAAAGGCCCGAAUGGGCGGAUAUAGUGCCUGUACCACAAGACGACGGCCUGAAUCCAGUGGUGCCAAUUGCAUACACUGACAAGUUCAGUGAAACCAUGGAUUACUUUAGAGCCGUGUACUUGGCCGAUGAGCGAUCCCCACGUGCACUUGAACUCACUAAAGAAGGCAUUCUUCUCAAUUCAGGAAACUACACUGUUUGGCAAUUUAGACGUCUAAUACUUGAGGCAUGUAAUACUGAUCUACAUGAAGAAUUGCAUUUUGUUGAGGGGAUUGCUAGAGACAAUUCCAAAAACUAUCAAGUAUGGCACCACCGGCGGUGGGUUGCUGAGAAGCUUGGGACUUGUACAGCGGGUAAGGAGCUUGAGUUCACAAGAGAAAUCUUGUUUAAGGAUGCAAAGAACUAUCAUGCCUGGUCCCAUAGGCAGUGGGUUCUUCAGGCUCUGGGAGGAUGGGAAGAGGAGCUUGCCUAUUGUGAUGAACUCCUUGAUGAUGAUAUCUUCAAUAAUUCUGCUUGGAAUCAGAGAUACUUUGUCAUAACUCGAUCUCCAUUCCAUGGCGGUUUACAGGCCAUGCGGGACCCAGAAGUUGAUUAUGCUAUUAAAGCCAUUUUAGCCAAUCCCGAAAACGAGAGCUCAUGGAGAUACCUGCUGGGGCUCUACAAAAAUGAUCCUAAAUCCAUAGCCAAUGAUCCUCGUGUAGAAUCGGUCUGUGUGGAUGUUUUGAAGGGCAAAAGAGAGUAUGUUCACGCAUUGAAGGUGGUUUUGGAUCUCCUCGGCUGCCAUGACUACAAACCAAGCAGUGAAUUGAAGAACGCUAUUGAUGAAGUGUUGUCUGACCAGAACCUGAACACGGAUUUGGAUUUUGUAGAAAAAGUGUGUUCAGUUUUGCAAUUGGUUGAUCCGAUGAGAGCAAACUAUUGGGAGUGGUGCAGGAGCACUAUUCUUGUUCAGCCUUAA